AUGAUUGUUCUGAUCUUUGCGAUUGGCAGCGUUUCCGCUGGAAUUCCGCUUCCUAACGAUACGCGAACCGAAGACUUCAGAACGGCGAUCCACGAAAAACCGCAAAUAAGAUGGAUGGAUUUGAUUCUGUGCGAUCUGAGCGAAAACAGGAACGGACCUUUUCCACUGAACGUGCUUAUCGAUGAGGUGAGCAAAGUGAUGGACGCUCCAACGUCCGUUCAGUAUUUCAGCAAGAACUGCGAGGCUUUAGCAAAGUCGAGGGUGAAGCAGAGAUUCGAGUUCGUGAAAGUGUCGAAUAUCCGAGCUGUUAAUUCCGUGCUGGAGAGUUGCAACAAGAGCAGAAGUACGACGCGAUUUCGGAGGUACGUCUUGAUGAUCGAUCAAUUCUUGCGUGAAGAUUUCACAGGUAUUAAACCGGCGUUUCGUAAACUGUGGAAUUGUCACAUUUGGAACAGCAACAUCUUCUUUAUUUACAAUAGAACCGUGCACGAUAUUAUUUACAACCCGUUCUUGGAUAAGGUCAUCGCGUUGGCGUCCAGUAAAGAGGUGAUGAAUCAGUACGAUAAAUUUAAGAAUCUCCACAAGUAUAGCAUUCGCGUUUCGAUGAUGAGCGAUUAUCCAAGAAGUGUUUACAACGAUGGCGUCUAUAACGGUAACUACAUCAAGAUUUUGCGCGACAUUGGGAAGAUCAUCAACGCGAAUUUCAUCAUUCGCCCUGAGAAAUCCUUUAACACGUCUAUUCUUAGCGUGAAGAGCGGCGAAUCCGAGUUCUGCUUCAUCGGACAAUUCUAUGGUAUUUACGAUAACGUCAAGUACACUGAACCGUUCAAGAGAGAUGAUAUAAUGCUUCUGGUGCCGAGCGCUAAAGAAGUGCCGCAGUUCAUGAAGUUCGUCCUGAUCUUCAGCCCAAAAUCCUGGUGCCUCAUCCUCACUUUAGCCAUCGUCUUCGCCUUAACCUUCUUGCUCAUAGAGCGUAGAUCUCCCAUAUACUUAGCCUUCAACGUCUUCGCCGUAUUAAUAAACGCAAACGGCGUUGUUAAAUUCCAAAGAUUCAAGCUGCUCUCACGAAUGUUCCUCAUCGGUUUAACGUUCUACUCGAUGAUCAUAGCAAACGUCUUUUCAUCAGCGAUUCUGGGCAACAUGUUUUCUAAAACGUACUACCCCGAACUGAACAGCUUGAAAGAUAUCAAGGCUUCGAACGUGUCCAUCUGCACCAUCACCGAAAUCGUCCACAUGAUCCCGGACGAAUUCAAAGAGCAAUUGGUUGUAUUGUCCAGGUACGAUUUUCUGUACAGCGUCGACAAAAUGAACAAAUCUUGCGCCUUCGCCAUGAUGCGAAGCUACGCCGAGAGUUACGUGAGGAACUUCAUCAAAGCGCACGGGAAGAGCUGUUACCACAUCAUGACGGAGAGUUUCGUGCCAGGAUUCGAGUCGUUCAUGUUCCAGAAGUCCUCGCCGUACAUCUACAAGAUCAACGAACUGCUGAAGAGCAUCGAAGAAAGUGGUUUGUUCCUCUACAACGAGAGAAACAUCAAAGACAAAUCCGAUCAUCCCAUAACUUCAGUCGCCGAAUUUACCACCCUCAAUUUGUACCACUUAAGCCCAGUCGUAGCCAUACUCUUCGCCGGAUACACUCUCAGCAUAAUAGUCUUCAUUUUAGAGCACACAAUCCACAAAUUCAAAUAA